CUAGUAUUGAUAUGCACUGUCUGCAAUUGCAGGUAGGCCAAAAUUCUAAAAUUCAAAAAAUAUUAAGAUAUAUAUGACUUCAGUAAAAGUUUUACAGGUGGUCAUCUCAAAGUUCUCUUCUAUUCAUCUUCUUCUUUCGUACGCAACCUUUCCAUUACCUAGGCACAUACGAGUUUUUAUAAUAUCAAUCAUUUCAUUUAUCUUAUUUAUUUCAUUCUCGUUUCUUGAUAACAUGGGCAAUUCUGAAAAUGAUAGAAGGAGGAGCGACAGUACGAGGAGGAGCGACAGUAUCGAAUGGGAUGUUCCUCCUCCUUAUGAAGCAACGUUUGGCAAUGAAGAAUAUGGUGUUUCUACCGCCGUCCAAGGUGAUUCCCACGAUAUCCUCGUCAGGUCGCCUUACUGACACACCCCAUGCAGACAAUGGACGAAUUACCAUGUCAUUUAUGGGUCACAAACCUCCACUGCCUCCAAUAUAUAUGUCUGAGAAUACAUCAACAAAGCAUGCACAGCCCAUCGGGAAAUAUCCUAGACUCAAUAUAGUCAUCCAGGUAGUUGGAAGCCGAGGUGAUUAUAUUCCACAAAAUCUAUCUGAUACCUUCAAAUAGAAGUUCGGCGUUAACAUAUGUUUAGGUGAUGUCCAACCUUUCAUAGCAUUAGGGAAUGAACUUCAACUUUCCGGCCAUCGAGUACGUAUUGCAACUCACGAUGUAUUUGAAAAGUUCGUGCGAGACUCCGGACUAGAAUUCUAUGCCAUCGGUGGCGACCCUACAGAAUUAAUGGCAGUAAGUAUAUCAUUUCAUACCCCUCGAUGAAUAUGUACUCAUAAUAAUCUCGUAUAGUAUAUGGUUAAAAACCCCGGCAUAUUCCCCAAAUUCAGCACCGUACGCAGUGGAGAGAUCUCCAAGAAAAGAAAAAUGAUAUCCAGGAUGCUCGAAGGAUGCUGGAACUCUUGUAUCGAACCCGAUGCCCAGACUGGCGAACCAUUUAUUGCCCAAGCUAUCAUUGCAAAUCCACCUAGUUUCGCUCAUAUCCAUUGUGCGCAAGCUUUAGGAAUACCAGUACAUCUUAUGUUUACGAUGCCGUGGACAGCGACGAGAUCAUUUCCUCAUCCGCUAGCAAAUAUUCAGUCCACGGAAACGGAUCCCAAAACUGCGAAUUUUUUGUCUUACGGUUUGGUAGAUGUAAUGACUUGGCAAGGGUAAGCCCUCACUCCAUAUUACUGAUCUCGUAUUCUCUAACCACUUCAUGUAGUCUUGGGGAUGUAAUCAAUCACUGGAGAAAGAAGUCCUUAGAUCUUGAGCCAGUGCCCGUCAUGGCUGGUCCUCAUUUAGCAGCUUCUCUAAAUAUCCCCUUUACAUAUUGUUGGUCUCCAGCACUUGUACCCAAACCUCAGGAUUGGCUUCCACACAUAGGUUAGUAACUUUGAAGUCUACUAAGGAAGUUUCUAUUCAUAUACUGACCAACUAUCUAGAUGUUUGUGGAUUUUUCUUCCGUCCUCCACCAUCCUACAAUCCCCAUCCUAGAAUUUUAGGAUUUCUUGAAGCCGGCCCAAAACCUAUCUAUAUUGGAUUUGGUAGCAUCGUAAUGGAAAACCCUGAGAAGAUGACUGCAAUGAUUAUGAACGCCGUUCGUGAUUGUGGCAUUAGGGCAAUUGUAUCGAAAGGUUGGAGUAAACUUGGACAAGGCAUUGAGGAUCAGAAUGUUCUAUUCAUUGAUGAUUGUCCUCAUGGUGAGAUUAUGCAAAAUAUCAUACCCAAGUAAUCACUUGCUAACAUUCAUAGAAUGGCUAUUUAAACAAGUCUCAGCGGUUAUUCAUCAUGGUGGUGCGGGAACAACAGCAUGUGGACUACUAAAUGGUCGUCCGACUGCCAUCGUCCCGUUUUUCGGAGAGUAAGUCGACCUCCUCGAUAAUACACAGCAUCUGUAUCUAACCACAUCCCCAGCCAGCCAUUUUGGGGAAACAUGGUCGCAGCAGCCGGUGCUGGUCCUCCACCCAUUGAUCAUCAAUCACUCACUGUAACCAUUCUCUCCAACUCUAUUAGAUUCCUCCUAUCGCCCGAUGCCGUCGUAGCAGCACACGAACUUGCGGUAAAAAUCCGACAGGAGAACGGAGUCAAAGAAGCCGUCAAUUCAUUCCAUCGAAACCUUCCACUCAAAACACUAAGCUGCGAGCUAUUACCCAAAGAACCCGCGACCUGGUUGUGGAAAAAAGGCAGAAAAAAUCUAAAAUUAUCCCAUCAAGCAGCCGCCGUCCUCGUAGAGAAGAAAAAAAUCAACACCAGUAAUCUUUCCAUGUAAGAUUCCCCAAUCCACCAAUUCAACCCCCAAACAACACAACCCACUAACCCAAAAUCACACAGCUACAAACCCCAACCCAUCACCAUCAAAAACCGACGCUGGGACCCCUGGACCGCCACCACUUCCGCCGCGCUCGAUAGCGCCGUCGACAUAACCCUCGCCAUGGGUCAAAUCGGCACAAGAUACCGAAAAGAAUACCAAGGCGCGCUUACAAAAAAACGAGACAACGGAACAAUAUCUUCGCGUACCGCCUUACAAGCAGGGAGUAUAGCUCUUGGAAAAGGAUUCCAAAAUCUCGGAAUGGCGAUAACCAAAUCGGCGAUUGAGCUUCCGCUUGCGGUGGCAGAUGGAUGUCAUGAGAUUCCAGGGCUUUAUGGAGAUAAACCGAGAGAUUAUGGUGAUGUGACGGACUGGAAGAGUGGGGGAUUAGUGGGAAUUAAGGUCAGUUUGAGUCGUUUUAUUCCCCUUCUUUGUGAAGGUUCGAGCAUGGCUAAAUUUAUGAAAUGAAUAGAGUUUCGGAUACGGCAUGGCAGACGGAGUUGCAGGAUUAUUCACCCAACCCGUAAAAGGGGCCAUAAAAGACGGCGGAAAGGGAUUCGUAAAGGGAGUUGGAAAAGGCACUAUUGGAUUUUUGACAAAACCAUUUUCCGGUAGGUUGAGGCGAAUUCCUCCUUUUUCUGCAUGGAAAAGUUGUCAUCGGCUAAUGAGAAGAUAGGUAUUUUUGGAUUCGUGUCAUAUCCAGCUUUAGGAUUGUAUAAGACUUUGAGUACGUCUACGCAUCAUGGAACACAGGGGAGAAUAUUAUCGGCGCAAACGGAUUAUGGCGUGUUUUUGGCUAUGACGCGAGAGAUACCAGAACAUGUGGUGGAGAAAAUUAUGGAAGAAUUUGAUUGGGUUGUUGAGGGGAUUUGAAGGUUUCUUGUUUCUUGGGAUAAAAGUUCUUUUGUUUUCUUUCUAUCAGUGUUUGAUUUGCGCUCUUGUCAGGUUCUAUGAGAAAUCAUUAUGGAGAUGAAUCAUGUUCAUCCCAGGAGUCUAGGUUUUGUUACAAGCGGUGUUUUUCCAUGCUUCGAUCAUUCCGAAUUGUUACCGGGAAAUCUAUUAU